GCCGCGAAACAGACUACCCUAACCAUGGUUCCAAAUCUCCCGAGUCUCUCUCACACUUUUGACGUCCAAAGAGCAGUGGAUCAUUCUAGACAGGAAACCAGGUACCUCGACGCCACAUCCAAAUAUAUUCUUAUUCAUUUUGAGAUUGUUUUCCAGCUUAAGCUCGAUUUGUCCCUCUUAAUUUUCUUUCACUUUCUCGGGAAGUCUACUGCUUAGAUUUUUUUUCUUUUCCCUGAAGAGAAAGUUCUUCGGUUAGACCUCUCUGCAGAGGUCUAUUGGGGCCUUCUUGAUGGCAUUGUUUGCAUUAAGAUGUGCCCUAUUUUUGAUUCCUUCUUCUGGGUUCUAGACUUCUAGUAAUCAGUUAGAAAGUUUAGGGUUUGUAGUUAUGCGCUUUUUGGUUGCUGAGAAAAGGUGCGAAUAGAAAAAAAACAGCUUUGGAUUUAGAGUUUUUUUUUUUUUUUUUUUCGUUUAUCUGGGAAUAGGGCAGAAAUAUCCACUCGAUUUUGUGUCUUAAAUACUCUUUGGAGGGGAGGCUUUCAUUUUCUUCAAUUUUAUUGUUUUUGAGCGAGAUAAAGUAUUGAAUUCAGAGAGGCUAUUAUUGAGAUUUUCCUUGGUUUUCUGAGUAACCAAAAGGGGCGUUAAUGUUCUUGUAAUGGCACUUUCGUUUUUCUGGAACCUCCAAAACCGAUGGCCUUUUUCGAUGCUGAAAUAUGAUGACCUGAAAGUGUCAGAUGAAUUGGUCCGCAAACUUUCACUACCCAAACACACAAAACAAUUUGUUUACGCGGUUCGUGAGCCCGAAACUCAGUCCGUGAUUUACAUCCUCGCUGCUCAGAAUUUAUCCGAGCGAUCAGCUUUAGAUGCUGAGUAUCUUAUUAGGGAGGUUAGACCUGAUGCCGUUGUGGCUCAGGUGGGUCGUUUGCCACUGACUGAAAUUCAAUCGGAAGAGCAUGAAUUGAGAAUUGGUAUUCGUGAUCCAGUUCCCACUUCGUCGUUUGGAGUGCUUAAGCGUUGUUUUAUUGAUAAGUUUAAUAAGGAGAAGUAUGAGAAUGUUGCUGGCAACUUGGUUUUGCAAGAGAUAUUUGGGAUUGGUUUUCAUGGACAUUUUCUGGCUGCCAAGAGGGCGGCUGAGGAGUCUGGAUCAUCAUUCUUGUUGCUCGAAUCACCCUUUUUGAAAUGUUCUGGUGGGGAAGAUACCUCGGGUAAACUUGAUGCAGGGAACAAGUUUCAAGGUCUAGUUAGUAGUUUGGUUCCUCAGAAAGCGGGUUCUGUUGUUCUUCUGGCUUCGAAGAGAUUUUCCCUUACCAGUGAUGUUCAGACACAGAUGGUGAAGUCGUUAUCAACAUAUAUGAAUCUAUCAAUAUCAAUGUAUAGUCACUCGAGUUCUGUAAUGAAGGUAGGGUCAAAGGAAAUUCAAACUAGAUGCAGUUAUGAAGCACCACCAUUUGCUCAGUCCAUUUAUCCGUUACUUGAGGAUCUACAUUAUAUAUUUUUUGACCUCCCAUCGCUCAGGAGUGCUCUAGCUCAUGCACAGAAGAUGCUUCUUGAUGUUAACAGAGGUGAAAUUGUGGAAACCCGCAUCAUAUCCGAGGUCCACACCUUUCGAAUUGCAGUUGAGGGGCUGAGAAUCGCUUUAAACAAUGCUGGUCGGCUACACAUCAACAAAAUAGGGAAUAAUCCCAAGUCAGCUAAGAUGGAGUUUUCGGAGCUUCCAGAUGAGGACAAGUCACAUGUGCUCCUUGCACAAGCCCUUCAAAGCCAGACUAAGAAGUUCAAGACUAUAGUGGCAGUAGUGGAUGCUAGUGGCUUAGCAGGUCUUAGGAAACACUGGAACACUCCUGUUCCUCCAGAGAUCAAGGGUUUGGUUGAACAGCUUGUUAUGAAUUGUGAAGGUGAUGCAGAACUUUCAAAUCAUACUGACAGGAAAAGAUUAUUGACUGGUAAACCUGUGGUGGCAGUUGGGGCGGGGGCAACGGCAGUUUUUGGAGCUUCGUAUCUCUCUAAAGUUGUUCCUGCAUCAACUGUCAUGAAAGUUGUAACAUUCAAAAUUCCUGCUUCGCUUAAACUCGUUCUGACCCAAACUCAGAAGGUAAUGGAACUAGCCCUUGGCAAGACUCUUGCCUCAUCAAAAGUUGUAGCUCCAGGUAUUGCAAGUCAUGGGGCCAAAACAACAUCUAUCAUGAAGGCAACUGCUUCUGCUGAGAAGAUCCGGGCAGUAGCCCACAGUGUUAUAGCCUCUGCUGAGAAGACCAGCUUUUCAGCCAUGAGAGCAGCAUUCUAUGAAAUAAUGAGGAAACGACGGGUGCGGCCAAUUGGUUUCUUACCAUGGGCAACAUUUGGGUGUAGUGUUGCAGCUUGCUCAGGCUUGCUUGUGUGUGGAGAUAGGAUUGAAUGUGCUGCUGAAUCUUUACCUGCAGCUCCUUCCAUUGCCAGUUUGGGACGUGGUAUUCAAAGUUUACACCGGGCAUCUCAAUUAGUGAUCCAGACAGAUGGCACCAGAAUACAGAAAUCUAUAGAAUCCCUUAUGUACGGAUUGAAGAAAGUAAAGGUUCAAUAGUCAAUAGAGUAAGAACAUGAUUCUCCUCUUGUUUGGAUACUAGUUUUUCCUCAUCAAAAUGUGAUUAAGGCCUAAAUUAUAUAGUUCAGGGAAAUAUUUGUACAUAUAGAAUCUGCCGUAGCCGUAGGAGUUGUUUGUAUUGGGUGUUCCUUUUUGUUUAUGUAUCACACGAUGGCUUUUCUGGGAUA